UAAACGAUAAUCAUUCACUGAUUAUUUUUGCGUCGCGAAGGUGCGAAAAGCUUUCAUCAUGUCUUCUGUCAGAUUCACAGUGACAAAAACUGAUGGAAAUGCAGACCCCGACGCCAAUGAUGAUGUUCAUACAAUUCCUAAGAUCCAAAUCGUAGAUUCCGAUGGGAAAUCAACCACGAAAUACACACGAUUAGUUGAUGGAUCAAGUGGUAAUUUUGGCAGUGUUCACCGCGAUGGAGGAGACAAAUCAGAUGGCAUGGCCAUCUUGGAGUCAGGGUUACAUGAGAGGAACUUGGCUCUCUAUGAGGAUGAGAUGGAGCACAGACCUAAAGUAUCAUCCCUUAUCAGUUCCCUGGCCAACUACAAGACUUUACCAGAGCACACAGAGGAACCCGAUGAGAAGAGAAAGACAGCUGUGAAGAAAGCACCCAAGAUGGGCACCCUGAUGGGCGUGUACCUACCAUGUCUUCAGAACAUCCUUGGUGUCAUUCUCUUCAUCCGUCUAGCCUGGCAGGUGGGCAACGGCGGUGGUCUGGAGUGCUUCUUCAUAGUGCUCGUCUCCUGUCUUACGACCAUGUUGACAGCCAUCUCUAUGAGUGCCAUCGCAACCAAUGGAGUAGUGCCUGCUGGAGGAGCUUACUUCAUGAUCUCUAGAGCCCUGGGGCCAGAGUUCGGUGGAGCAGUAGGCGUCCUUUUCUAUCUAGGGACAACAUUUGCAUCAUCCAUGUACAUCCUUGGAGCUAUAGAAAUUUUACUGAUCUACAUAGCACCUCAGAUGUCAUUGUUUGGUGAUAUAUCCUCAGCCAGUGGGGGUGCAAGCACCGCAUUGCUCAACAACAUGAGGGUAUACGGUACCAUCAUCCUUGCCAUUCUAUCUCUCCUCGUCUUCGUCGGGGUGAAGUAUGUCAAUAAAUGUGCCCUGCUCUUCUUAGGGUGUGUCAUCGUCACCAUCAUCUGUAUCUACGUUGGAUUCUUCACUCCCAUAGUCUCAUGUAAGAAUUUUUGUUGUGGUGUAAUUCUUUGGUACUGUUCACUCAAUGGCAAUAUAGCCUUGCAGCGAGACAUCAGCACGGAGAGCGACUGCAGUUGGUACAUUCUUGAUGAGAACGACACUCGCAUUCUAUCACCGCUGGGUGCAUCUCUGUGCACCUCCUACGCCAAUGGCUCAGAGUGUCAGAGCAUAGAGUCUGACUAUGACCUGAGAUGGGAAAAGGCCAUACCAGGACUCACAUCAGAUGCUUUCAGAGUGAAUUUCUGGAACCUGUAUCGUGAGGCUGGUGAGGUUUUACCGGGGGAAGAAGGCAAACCAGAUCAGAUUGUUGCUGACAUCACAACUACCUUCACUAUCCUCCUAGCCAUCUUCUUCCCUUCAGUUACUGGUAUUAUGGCUGGUAGUAACCGAUCCGGAGACUUGAAAGAUGCCUCGUAUUCAAUACCAAGAGGAACGAUUGGGGCCAUCCUUACCACCAGCUUUAUCUAUCUGUCUUCUGUAUUAUUCUUUGCUGGAACCGUUGCUGGUCCUGUUCUGCGUGACAAGUAUGGUCAAGCCAUAGGUGGAGGUCUAAUAGCCGCCGAGGUGUGCUUCCCAACAGUAUGGGUGGUGCUCAUCGGUGCCUUUCUCUCUACCGUAGGGGCGGGGCUCCAAUCCCUGACGGGUGCACCACGCCUCCUCCAGGCCAUCUCCAAGGACAACAUCAUCCCCUUCCUGUCUCCGUUCGGGAGGGGGUCAGCGACCGGAGAACCCACCUGGGCUCUGCUGCUGACGGCACUGAUCUCAGAGAUUGGCAUCUUGAUUGCUAGUCUGGAUCUGGUUGCUCCGAUCAUCACCAUGUUCUUCCUCAUGUGCUACGCCUUUGUCAACCUGGCCUGUGCCCUCCAGACCCUCCUCAAGACUCCUAACUGGAGACCUCGUUUCCGGUUCUAUCACUGGGUCCUGUCUUUCUUUGGUCUGUCUCUCUGCAUCGCUCUCAUGUUCAUCUCCAGCUGGUACUAUGCACUCGUCGCCAUCGGAGUGGCUGCUUUCAUCUACAAGUACAUCGAGUAUCAGGGAGCCGAGAAAGAAUGGGGAGAUGGGCUGCGAGGUCUUUCCCUAACCGCUGCUCGCUACAGUCUACUUAAGCUAGAGGAAGGUCCACCACACACCAAGAAUUGGCGUCCUCAGAUUUUGGUUCUAUGCAAGCUGAACAGCGAUCUAGUUCCCAAACACCGGAGACUUCUUACCUUUGCAAGUCAACUUAAAGCAGGCAAGGGUUUGACACUGGUUGGUUCUGUCUUGGAAGGAGAUUUCCGCACCAAGUAUGGCGAAUCUCAAGCUGCGCAACAGAUAGGGUAUGGAGAAGCACAAGCAGCCAGGGAGGAAUUGAAGAAGAUGAUGGAGGAAGAGAAGAUGAAAGGAUUUUCUCAAGUUCUGGUUACUCCCGAUGCCACUCAAGGACUCGCUGCUUGUGUGCAGAUGUGUGGUUUAGGUGGUCUAAAGCACAACACAGUCGUGAUGGGAUGGCCGUAUGGUUGGAGGCAUAACACCGAUGUAAGGUCAUGGAAGGUCUUCCUAGAUACUGUACGUGUGGUGUCGGCCAGUCACAAUGCUCUACUGGUGGUGAAGAACUGUCAGAUGUUCCCAGCUAACAAUGAGAAGCUGGACGUAGGAUGCAUAGAUGUCUGGUGGAUUGUCCACGAUGGCGGUAUGCUUAUGUUGCUUCCUUUCCUGCUCCGUCAGCACAAAGUAUGGAAGAAUUGCCGCAUGAGGGUAUUCACUGUCGCACAAUUGGAAGAUAACAGUGUACAAAUCAAGAAAGAUCUCACAACUUUCCUGUAUCAUCUAAGAAUAGAGGCUGAGAUUGAAGUGGUGGAAUUGCAUGACUGUGAUAUUUCGGCUUACACAUAUGAGCGCACACUCAGGAUGGAACAGAGGAAUGAGAUGCUCAAACAGAUGAAACUCUCUAAGAAGGAGAGUAGGAUGGAGGCCCAAGCCAUCUUUGACCACCACCACUCCACAACGGGCACCGAGUACAGCUCUCCCACACGCAAGAGAUCCAGCGAGAAAUCAGUGUCCUUUGACCUCAACACCAGGGAAUCCCCCUUUGACAUCGCCGUGGUACCGGAAGAAGACGAGGAAGAGCUAGCAGAGGGCAAGGAAGGUGAAGAGGACCAGGAUGCAGUCGACACCCCUCUGGUCAAACUCGAUGACACGCCCACCUCCGAGACGCCCCCCUCUCCCAAAUCAAAUGGGGCCAACGGGUCGGCUGGGUCAGCCACAUCGCCCAACAAGAAGAAGUCAAAUGAAUUCACGAACAUGCACCUACAACCGCAAUUAGGGAAUGUGAGGCGCAUGCACACAGCCGUUCGUCUGAACGAGAAGAUUGUUCAGAAAUCCCACGAUGCCCAUCUAGUCAUCCUCAACCUUCCAGGUCCUCCAAAGCAUGCCUAUGCAGAAGAGAACUACAUGGAAUACCUGGAGGUUCUAACAGAAGGAUUGGACCGAGUCCUCAUGGUCAGAGGUGGCGGACGAGAGGUCAUCACCAUCUACUCUUGAUCACCUAAAGGUCACAUCCAAGGUCGGAGGUCGCACAAACCAAAGGUCGCGAUGCAUCAGAACCCUUCAUAUAUGCCAAAGAUACCUACAUUGUGUGUCUUAAUUGUGCUUGCAUCAUCGGCUAGAUAGUUGGUUUAUUGUAGAUGAAUUAUUCAAAGUUAAUAGGCUACUAUUCUAUCUAAUACCGCAAACAUCGGCUGAUCUACUGAUAUGCAUGCCUUCUUUUUAGAGUGGGAAUAACUUUCCAUGUGAGUUCAAUGUUUAACCUCGUGUUUGGGAAAUCACCUUGCUGAUGUGAGUAACAAGGGGGGAUUAUUCUUAACUAGAACAAUGGAUAUAAAUGGAAAAGUUUUUGUGUACUGACGAAUUAGGUCCUUUUUGGUGGUUUUUAAAUGUACGGAACAACUUAAUAUAUAUAUUUUUUAUAAACAUUGAUUAUUAUAUUUCAAUAAAUAAUGGUUAAUACAUGUGCAUAACUUAACAUUUUGUCUCUAUACUGUAUGUUAUUAUUAGCAGAACUAUGGUUGACCACUUUCUUAAGACCAAUUUUGUGUUUUAAUAUAAGAACUAUAUUUGUGAUUGAAUUUACUUGAAUAACUAUGUUAAAUAAAAGGAAUAAAAAUAUAUUUCUAAUUGAAUUAACUGAAAUGAGAAGGGAUGUCCAAAGAAGAGAAAUGCAUAGUAACGAGGAUGUAGGAGUACAUUUCAUAAAGGACAAGGAAUAUCUUUUUAUGGUACUUAAAGUGUGUGAUGCAGUCGACUUCUUUAAAGCCAUGUUCAAUGGAGUUUGUGGAUUGAAUCUGUCCCUUUUUGUGGUGCUUUCUCUUAUCAUCAGUUGAUAAUCAAAAUGGCCUUGAUUCUUGUUAAAUCUCAUCUUGUGCUCGGCUGAACGGUGUGAAUUGUAGAAUUUCAUAUCAUAUACAGUCAAACCUGUACAUAAAGACCGCUCAAGGGAGACAAGAAAAGUGAUCUUUGCAGUAAGUCCAUGGAGAUAUUACUUAAUGUGCAGGUUUCAAUGAGAAAUAUGGUCUAGGAGAUACAAAAUAAUGAGGUCUUUAUAGACGAGUAGGCAUUACUCAAUCAAACCAUUUCUUUGUACAAGUUCACCCACAUCCCAUUGAAACGUGUUAAUUUCAAUACACACGUCUCGAUAUGAUGUCGGGGAACUUUUACCUAUGUCAGUUUGCAAGAUGCUGAUAGGGUCCUCAUAAACACUUUGGUGGUCAGUCACUAUAGCAGGUUUUACUGUAUUAUUAAUUGAAAUUUCCUGCCCUUUUGCCAGGCACAUAAUGAUCUCACGAAUCAAUGUCCUUUUGCUUGUCAUCUCGCGAUUGAUAUGAUUUAAAUUUUGAAAUUGAAGUGUGUAUUUACGUCCGUGAUUUUCUCGUAGUUUACAUUCACACCAACUGAAAUUGAUUCUUUGAUAUGCAAUGCUGUUUUUUGAUUGCUGUAUAGAGAUCUGUAAAUAAUUCAGUCAUUUCUAUUGAGAGAAAAAAAAAGGGUAGCUGAGAGAUAUAUUUUGGCCUGUUGAUAUAGUCCAGUCUGCUGUUUUAGAAUUGUCUUUUAUGAAAUGUUCUAGUGUUUUCAUGCAAGGGAUAGUGUGGUGUAGAUUUUUAUAAAUUGUUGCCUCUAUGUUUCAAUUGAUGUAAUUAUUAUACUAAUACUCAAAAAUCAAAAUCCAACGAUAAAAGCUCUAAAUGGUAGAAAUAACUAUUUUUACUUACUGUAUUUAACCCUGUCAAAUACAACUGUGAGUUUGAAGUGCAGUGCCCGAAACAAAUUCCCUUUACAAGGUAGAUUUUAUGUUCAACUAAAUAUUAAAAUGUCGUCUCCUAAACUGCCAGUGUAAUAUGACAAUUCAAGGCUUCAUCGAAAGACAGGCUCAUAGGCAGCACAAUAAAUGGUCGUGAUUAUUAAAACACACUUUGCAUUGUAGAUCAGACCUGUACAUUCAUACUCUACUACAUUAAGAAUGCUCUACUUAAAUGUUGUGAUGCAUGGCUGCCUUUUAUAUGCUGCGAUGCGUACUCGAUAUCAAUCUACAAAACAUAGCGGUUGUUUCAUUUAAUUGAGUCUUAUUCCCUACCAAAAUGUAGCAACAUUAUAAAGGUCAGUAUUGGAGAAGUUUGUGUUUAGCUACCAAAGACAGGCAUGUAAAUAACUUUGUUAUUCAGCGACUCUUUGAUGAGAUUCUAAUUUAAUUAAAUAUUGUGUUAUAUAUUUUUGAUUCUGUUGUGUAUUAAUAUUAAGUUAUUGUGUUCAGAAAUCUUAGGAAUUUUUCAUGGAGUAAUUUAUUUUCAUAGUAUAGUUUUCUUUUGUAUUAUUUGAUGAUUAGUCUGAAAGAGAAAGAAAUGAGUGAUAUAUAAACGCUAUAUAGAAUAUUGCAACAAAGGUAGAAAAAGAGAACUACAUUACAUGUAUUAUAUUUAUUCUUACUAACCAUAUCGACCAACGAGGUUCUUCCUUUUGGAAAUAAAAUAUGCAAUUUAUAUAUCGACAUACUUACAUUUCCAUUUUUUACAAGCAAAAAUUAAAUGGUACUAGAAUGUUGCACAAUUAUAACUAUCAGAUAGAAUGUCAGUUGUAAUUUAACGAGAUGAUUAUUAUUCAUUCUAAAACAAUUAGAAAUUGAGAUAAUUUGUUGUUACUUUCAGUUAAGAUUUUGUUCAUUUUUUCAACUCGUCUUCAUAUUUAUUUAAAAUGCAGGCAGCUUUUGCCCCCGUGAUGCCUACCUUUUGCUCUUUUCUGCAAUAUGCAAAUGUGAUCUUCCGUUCCCCUUUUGUGUGAUGUUACAACUCACUCUUUGCCUCUUAUUAAUUCAUGUAUAUGUGCUUUUUUAUUGUAAACUAUAUGUAAUACACUGAAUAUCCUCUGUUUGGAGCCAGAAGGCAUUAAUUCAUAUUCUUUAACAGAGAGUUUAAGUCCUUCUGGCUUUGAUUAGAUGAUUUAAUGUGCUGUACGUGUCGAGGAUAUGGAACACACAAAGGCAUGCCCAAGGUCUCAAUCAUACCAUAUGUUUGUUUCUGACUGCAUCAAAAAUUUUAUAAUAAAGUUAACUCUACAUAAGUCAUAUAUUUUGGAACCACAAGAAGAAAAAAAAAUUCAACCUAUGCAAAAUUUCAUCUUUGGAAGUCUAAAUAACACAUAUUGCAUACCGGUAGUCUGGU